AAGGGUGUAGAGCGGUGUAGAGCGGUGGUCGCUGUCCGCGGUGCUGAUUGUCGCUCAGUCUUAGUAGAUCGGGCUGAGUAGUGAGCGUUGUAGAGCGGUGCAGAGCGGCGGUCGCUGUCCGCGGUGCUGAUAGUAGAUCGGUCUGAGUAGACCGCGUGUGGAGCGCUUCCCCCGGCCGGCCGGGCUAUUUCCUAUGCCUGGCUGCCAUGGCUCUGAAGGACACCAUCCUCCCGAUCAGUGAGAUGUCCUAUCCCUUCCCAGAAGUGGUGGAGCUGAACGUGGGCGGCCAGGUCUAUGUCACCAAGCACUCCACUCUCACCAGUGUUCCGGACAGCACUUUGCACAGCAUGUUCUCCAGGAACAACGUCCAGGAGCUGCCCAGGGACAACCGAGCCCGCUUCUUCAUAGACAGGGACGGCUUCCUCUUCAGGUACGUGCUGGACUUCCUCCGGGACAGACAGCUGUCCCUGCCCGACCACUUCCCGGAGAAGGAGCGUCUCCUCAGAGAAGCCGAGCACUUCCAACUACACGAGCUGGUCAAGCUGCUGACCCCCAAAGUCACCAAGCAGAGCUCCCUGAACGAUGAGGGCUGCCAGAGCGACCUGGAGGAGACCUCCCAGAGCAGUGAUCUGAUCAGGACUGCAGCUGUGGAUAAAAAGUCUGGCUUCAUCACCAUAGGCUACAGGGGCUCCUACACCAUGGUCAGGGACAACCAGGCCGACGCCAAGUUUAGGAGGGUGGCCAGGAUCAUGGUGUGCGGCAGAAUAGCCCUGGCCAAGGAAGUUUUUGGGGAAACUUUAAACGAGAGUCGAGACCCCGAUCGCCCCCCUGAAAAGUAUACGUCCAGGUUCUACCUGAAGUUCACCUACCUGGAGCAAGCCUUCGACAGGCUCUCUGAAGCUGGGUUUCACAUGGUCGCCUGCAACUCCACCGGGACGGCGGCCUUCGUCAACCAAUACAGGGACGACAAAAUCUGGAGCAGCUACACCGAGUACAUCUUUUACAGAUCCCCACAGAAAAUAGUAUCUCCAAAACAAGAUUGUGAGGAAAGUAAGCAAGAAAAAGUCUUAGAUAAAGGUAGUGAAAGUGGAACAUCAUGUAAUGAACUGUCUACGUCUAGUUGUGAUAGCCAGUCAGAAGCUAGUACCCCUCAAGAAAAUACAUCUGUGCUUCAGCAAUCAACUUCUCAUCAACAGAAUACUUUAACUCUGGAUCGUCCUUUAAAGAAGAACCAAGUCCAGUGGGUUCCAACACCAGACAAACGCAGGAACAGUGAACUUUUUCAAACACUGAUUAGCAAGUCUCGGGAUAACAAUCUUUCUAAAAGGAAAGUGUCUGAGAAGCCAAGCAUUGAGGAGGAAAUGAAAAAAUGUAUACAAGAGUUUAAAAAAAUUAAAAUUCCAGAUUAUUUUCCAGAGAAAAAACGUCCAUGGCAGAUGGAACUACUAGAAAAAUAUAAUUUGUAGGAACAUUCUAUUAACUAGUGAAAUAUUUGCGCUAUGUUUGUGUACUUCUACCAAAUUCCUUUACAUACACAACAUACACCAAGUAUACAGUUCUGUAUAUCUAAUUUAAAAAAUCCUUGUAAUACGUAUAUGACUUUUUGAAAUAACAAUCAAAUAUUGAAAUUUUCGGAUAUCCCCACAAACAUUACCCUACAGUGGGAAAUACAGCUUAAAAAAUGCAUGUGCUCACAUUGAUGACUAUACAUUCUGCAGAUACCUUUUCACGACUGUAUUUAUUAUAACAAAUUUGUUGACUUUUAUGGUAACAAAUAAACAGUGAUGACAAGAUUGACGACUUUAGAUAAAACCAGUUAAAUAUUUCUGAAAUGCUAUUCAAUGUAAAUGCAAUAAAAUACAUAGCUGCAUGAGCAUAGCAUUAGAAAUAAAACACAAUUGUGAGAUCAGGUGGAUCUUUGGCCUUUGUCAAUUUUUAAUUCAGUAAUAGACUUUAAUCUAUAAUACUCUAUAAUCUAUAGUACUGUGUGUUUCUGUAUCAAUAUGAUAUGCUGUUUGGUGAUUUUUGUUUUAACAAAAGAACAUGUGAGAGUGUAGUCCAUGUGUUUUUCACACUACUGUUUGUAUAGGAAGUUUUAGCCAUUGCCCUGAUUACAGAACAUGUAUGGCAUAGACAAUUAUUAAAUUACAAAUCUUCAAAUACAUUUUUAUAGUUUAUUAUGACAGUGUUAAAUGUAUCUAUAUUCAUUAUUUAAAAUAUUAAUGUUAUAUGUGGGCUAAUUGAAAUACAGUUCCUUAACACUAA